AUGAGGGAAAAGAAUAACGAACCCCCGCGCAUCAAGUGCAACCUGCGGAAGCACAAACCGAACCGAAAGCCACGGACCCCUUUCACCACCCAGCAGCUGCUCUCGCUGGAGAAGAAGUUUCGCGAAAAGCAGUACCUCAGUAUAGCGGAACGGGCCGAGUUCAGUUCUUCCCUGCGCCUAACCGAGACCCAGGUGAAGAUCUGGUUCCAGAACCGCCGGGCGAAGGCGAAACGGCUCCAGGAAGCGGAACUGGAGAAGAUCAAGAUGGCUGCCCUGGGACGUGCACCGGGGGCGCAGCUCUACAUGGGCUACUUUCAUCCCAGCCUGAUGGGCGGAGCGAUGCAUCUGGGCUGAGGGCUGCACCCCGUCGGUCUGCGCUUUCCCGACAAAUCCAAACAAAGCAACCAUCCUUUCUGUGAAUAUUAGCACGUAAGCGAGGACGCACCACCCUGUGGGUGAAUAUGUGAGUGUGUGCGCAAGGAAGUAUCUCCGGAGAACAAAACCAAAUUUUUCCCCGUUAGAACAAGAACUCCUCGAAUCUCUAGGACACAGGUCUCUCUUACGCAACUGUGACUACUGUAAAAGUUAGAAAGAAUAUUCCGAUAGCAAGAGCAGGGGUUCUCCCUUAUUUAUUACUACUACCCUAAGCGAAUAAAAUUUUGUCCGUUUACGUUUGUUCCGUUUUUUUUGUCCACACGGUCUGCCAGUCAAUCAGGGACAUGAGGCCGAGAGAUGGGAGGGGAAAUUCAUAACCUCAAACCAGCAAACCAAAACUGAUAUUUACUUUACUCAAAAAAAAAAUCAAAAUUCAAAUUGAGACUCCAAUCCAAGUCGAGUGCGAAACUGUAAAUAUUAGUCCAAUAAAACAAAAAUGCGUGGUGGUACGAGAAAAUUAAUUUUGCAAAGCACUCAAUCAGUUAGUUUAGGGAUGACAGCUAGAGAGGAGAUUUCGGAGGUUGGAGCCAAAACCGUGUGUAAAUAUUGCCCCGCGCACCCCCUAAACCAAGCGGAAAGGUGAGGUUAUCCGAUGGCUUAAUUGUUGUCAAACACAGACGCAGACUCGGGCCCGGGGCGAUUGUAAAUAGUCUCAUUUCUGGCGAUGAUCAAGACGUGUGAUGCUCGUCAAGUGUUGAAUUUGAAUACCACCACCGUCAAGCGGUGUAGAUCCGUUUUGUAAAUAUAGACUGUAAGCGAAAAGGGGAGGCCACAAAAUGUGUAAUUAUAGAAACGGAGUUCGGGCAAUCGAACGCGGAGCGAACAAAUGCAAGUAAUAUUAUACGUCUCGUUAGAUAAGGUUAUGAUAAAUAAUAAACUAUUGAAACAAAUUGAGAGAAACUGGAA